AUGUGGAAACUACGACGAAUUUAUCCAUUUCUAAAUCAUAUAACAGGGACAAACGCCGUUAACAAACUGGCGGAUAUAAUUCACAUCAUUUCUUCGAACCACGAGAUUCGAUUCGAAUCAACGUCAAGUAACCGAAAAGAUUACAAGCUUCAGUUUAUGCGAAAAGUCGCUGCUGAUACUCUUCUUGUAGAGCGAUCGGAUUGGAUCAUGAAGAGUUUUUGGGAAUGUAUUGAAAAAAUCGCAUAUGAGAAAGCAGAGAUUAUAAAGAAUGGAGUCUUGACUGUGAUUGGUCUUCAAAAGGGAUUAGAUACUCCGCUGAAAGUUAAUUAUGAUGAAUCUUCAUCUAUAUCAACUAUUCGUUUUAAAAUUCCACUUGGAGAAUAUCGAUCGCGGUCAUUAUUGAUGCGUAAAACUUCAAAGAUCGCAUAUAUUACGAGCAACAAAGUUCCCACCGCAAAAGAGCUACGAAAUUCAUUGACCUUUGUAACAGAUUUGCUGUAUUUAUUAAAGAAAAGAGACUCAAUUCUACCGAUUUCAUUCUUACAAGUUGAGGAAAUAUUUUGGUUAGACCAACUGAAACGAUCGCACUUGUUUCUCUGGCAAGCAAUCUUGAUAUUUGAUAUUCAAGUGUGA